GCGGCCACCGGCUUAUUCAAGAGCACCAAAAGGGGUUUCGGCAUGGAUGGAUAGCACACAGCGAGCGAGCGAGAGCGGUGAGCCCGGCCACCAGCGCCGGAGGCCGUCGUCGUCUUACUAGCCGACGCUCGACUUGGGCAUGAAUUGCUAGCCGCGCGGGUGAGAGAUUGCUAGGUAGCCAGCUAGGUACGGUGUGGGGAGUUGAAUCGGAGGUCUGCCGCUCGAGGCGGCGGCGGCAGAAGGCCGGUAGGAUGAAGAAGCUCCACUGGCUGGUGCGGUUCCUGUUCGGGCCGGUGCCGGUCUACUUCUCGGCGCUGGCCAUCCUCAUCGUGCUCACCAACGCGCAGUACUUCGGGCUGGUGGGCGUCGGCGUGGCGCCGCGCACCGCGAAGCUGGCCUCCUCGGCGCCCGUGGUCAGCGUCAUGAAGUACUGCGACAUCUUCCGCGGCGAGUGGGUGCCGGACGCGGAGGCGCCCUACUACAACCACAAGACGUGCCACAUGAUCCAGGAGCACCAGAACUGCCUCAAGUACGGCCGCCCCGACCUGGGCUUCCUCAAGUGGCGGUGGCGGCCCUCCGGAUGCGAGCUGCCGCGCUUCGACCCGCUGCAGUUCCUGCAGUUCGCCCGCGGGAAGUCGCUGGCCUUCGUCGGGGACUCGCUGGCGCGGAACCACAUGCAGUCGCUGCUCUGCCUCCUGUCCCAGGUGGCGUAUCCCAAGGACCUGUCGGCGAACCCGUCGGACCAGAACAAGGUGUACCACUACCGGGCGUACAACUUCACCAUCAGCAUGUUCUGGUCGCCGUUCCUGGUGCGCGCCCGGGAGCCCGACCACGACGGCCCCGCGCACACGGGCCACUGGAGCCUCUACCUGGACGAGCCCGACGACAAGUGGGUGUCCCAGAUGCCCCGCUUCGACUACGUGCUGGUGUCGGCGGCCAACUGGUUCUCCCGCCCCUCCCUCUUCUACGAGCGGCGGCGCCUCGUCGGGUGCAGCUUCUGCAGCCGCCAGUACGGCGUGCCCGACCUGACGCUCUACUACUCGCAGCGCCGCGCGUGGCGCGUGGCGCUGCGCGCCAUCAACGACCUGGAGCGCCUGCGAGGGCGCGUCAUCGUGCGCAUGCUCUCCCCGAUGUCGCACUUCGAGAACGGGACCUGGGACCACGGCGGCGACUGCAGGCGCACGCAGCCGCUGCGGGCGAACCAGACCGCCAUGGAGGGCCGCGACCUGCACUUCUACACCGCGCAGAUGGAGGAGUUCCGCGCCGCGGAGAAGGCCGCCGCCGAGAAGGGGCGGCGCCUGAUGCUCAUGGACGCCACGGCGGCGAUGCUGAUGCGGCCCGACGGCCACCCCAGCCGCUACGGGCACUGGCCCAACGAGAAGGUGCAGCUCUACAACGACUGCAUCCACUGGUGCCUCCCGGGACCCAUCGACAUCUGGAACGACAUGCUCUUCCAGAUGCUCCUCGCCUAGCAGCAAGCAGCAAAGAUUAAAAAAAAAACUCAGCAAUUCGGUCGCCGGUAACCGUGCACAGAUUGGCCUUCUUUUUUUUGCCUUGUUUCGUUUUUUUAAAAAAAGAAGAAAAUGGUGCAAUUUUGACAAGCAAGGAUUCGAAAUUCGCCGGUAACCC